AUGUCCCCGUCGCCACCUCAGCCAGCUACUGCGGAGAGCGGCUACAUCACUCAGCCAGCUCCGCUGGAGAACACGUACACAACCGAUACGGGUCUCCGACGAGCGCUGGAAUGGUAUCUUCCCGCGGCGACGCUUCGAUCAGUUGAACCACACUUUACACAGCUGGGCGCCGAGGCGAUCUCCGAGCAGGUGCGUGAGUGGAGCGCAGAUGCUGAAAGAAACCAGCCAUACGUCAAGAGCCAUAAUGUCUGGGGUAAACGAUAUGAUUAUGAUCGCCUCAUCACCACCGAGGGCUGGAAGCAACUAGGCAAAUGGGGAGCCCGUCAUAGAAUUGUCUCCGCUGGAUAUGAUGCGACAUUGGGUCUGGACAGAAGAACAGUUCAAUAUGCACUGAACUAUCUCUACUCUCCAUCGUCAGGGCUCUACUCCUGUCCCAUGAGUAUGACCGAUGGAGCCGCCUUCAUUCUUUCCUCCAAGAUCAAAAAGCUUCCUCCGGCGCAUCCAUUCCAUGCAGCAUAUAAAGGCCUGAUCUCGGAGGGUGAUGACCACUGGACCUCGGGCCAGUGGAUGACAGAGCGCGCAGGAGGGAGUGAUGUUCAAAACACUGAGACCUGGGCAACUCACUCCCCCCUACCCAAGGAUUCAGGCUUCGAUCCUCUGGGCGAUGGCGACUAUCUAAUCAACGGCUUCAAAUUCUUUUCCUCCGCCACCGAUGCCAACGUCGCUCUUCUUCUGGCCAAGACUCCCUCUGGAAAACUGAGCACAUUCUUGGCGCCUCUGCGGAGGACGGUUGUUGGUAGUGAUGGUGUUUCCCGCCAGGUCUCAAACGGAGUACGAAUCCAUCGUCUGAAGAAUAAGCUGGGCACAAAGGAACUUCCGACCGCCGAGCUGGAACUCAAGGAUAUGAGGGCGCAUCUAGUCGGAGAACUCGACCAGGGAGUCGUCACUAUUGCACCCCUCCUCAAUGUCACUCGCAUCCAUACCUUUAUCGGCUCUCUCUCUGGCUGGCGCCGCGCCAUUAGCAUUACCAAGAGCUUUGCAAAGGCACGAACUACCGUGGGCGAGCCUCUGUGGCUGAUUCCUAUGCACCUGCGCCUCCUGGCAGACCUGGAGGUCAAGCACCGUGGUGGCAUGAACCUCGGCUUCUUUACCGUUGCAGUCAUGAGCUUGGUAGAGAACAGGGUUACUCAGCCUUCGGAGCACGCUCAUCUCCCUCAGCCAGGCCGGGAAGCCAACGUGGUAUUCCGAACUCUCACGGCCACUGCAAAGGCUGUUGUGAGCAAGAUGUCAGUGCUGGGAAUCCAAGAGUGUCAGGAGGCUAUGGGUGGCGUUGGCUACAUGGACGAGGCGGAUGAGCCCGAAUUCAACAUCUCCCGAAUUCUGCGCAAUGCUUCUGUCAAUUCUAUCUGGGAGGGAACGACGAAUGUCUUGGCCAGUGAGAUGGUUCGAUUCCUUCUCAAAGCUGAAAACCUGGAUAUCUUCGCAGCAUGGGUUGACCGUACGUUGACGUUGAUUCGCAACGUGUUACUCCGAAAAACUCUUACUGCCAAGUGGUCAGCUCUACGAGCUCGCUUCUCCACAAAGAACCAACUGCCCACCACGAUUCUCGCCGAUGCGCGCCGGUAUAUGUUUACCCUUGCCUGGGUUCUUUGUGGCAUUCUUCUGGCCGUUGAUGCUGAACGGGACGAGGACCCGGUCAGUGGAGAGAUUGCCCGGCGCUGGAUCCUCAGAGCUGAGGGCGGUGUUGGGGACAUGGUAUUCCAUGAUAUAGUCACAGUCCACAAGGACACAGCUCAAGAAGAUGGAGAGGAACAUCUUCAGUGGGAUUGCAGAAUUGCUUGGGGCAUUGAGCUUCCUGCUAAACGGGCGUCUGGUCACCGGUCACUGCAGAAAGCGAACUCCAAGUUGUAA